AACAAUUUUGGAAAUUCGUAAUUCUAAAUUUUAAAUCAUGUCUAAAUCGAAAAUUACCGUCUAUUUCUUCACCAACGGUCAACCCUUCAAGCCGCCUCACAAGGUAGUCAUCGAUCGUAGGAAAUUGGAGGAAAACCAAGUCGUAGAACGUGUUCAUCGGCUCCACUACUACAACGGAUAUGUCGUUUAUACUCUGUUUGGACAGCUGUUGCGCUCGAUCCAGGAAAUUCACGACGACUCGGCUUUUGUUGCGGUGCCACGCGAUCAGUGCUUCCAACCAGGACCCUACCUGAAAGUAUUUCGGCAAUACAUCAACGAAAAAUUGCCGGAUCAAAAAGAUAACAAGAAAUCGGACAAGAAGAAAAAGGCAACUACAAAACCACUGGGAACAAGCUUCGGCUGCAAGGCACAAACGCCACGGAUGGCCAAAGAAGUACGGUUCUGUCCCGGCUGUCGUCACGUGGCUGUCGAUACACGCUGCAAGGAUUUCGGACCCCAGAAAGGCCGAGGCAAGAAAGAUACCUGUGCAUGCCGAAACAUUGACCCUCACGGUGAGUGCGUUCCAUUUCCUAUCCAACCGAAGCGUAAGAUAAAACGAAAGAAAAGCGGAGGUUGCAGUAGCUGUUGCAAGAAAAAGGAGCCGAAAAGAGAACCGAUGAUUCGCAUGAGAAGGCGCGAUAUGGAACAAAUGGAGCAAGCCAAAGCAAGAAAAGAACGGAAAACUAAAAAACGUAGAAGUUCGGCUUGCUGCGCAAAGAGACCCUCGAAGGACGAGCAGUACAAGAAGAUGCGUGACAAAUUAAUUAAAGAGCGGAAAAAACGUCUAGAGAAGGAAGAGAAAAACAAAAUUAAGGAACAACAGGCGAUACGGAACCGUAUAAAAAGCCGAAGAAGAAGACGAAAGUGCGUAGCAUGCUGUUGUCCGUGCUUCGUAAAGAAACCGGAACCCGUAUGGAGACAACCGACGCCGCACAAUUGUUUAGAGGAUUUAAAGAAGGCGCGUGAUCAAGCCAUCCGUCGUCGCACGGCGUUGAAACUUCAAGAGCAGAGUUCUUGGGAGAGUAUAAACUUCCCGCCAAAGUUCAGGAAAAAGAUGGGCAGUACUCAGACGACCAAAGAAGAUCUCAAAGAGGCGCGUAAAGCGAGUGGUGGUGGCUGGCGUUGUUUCGGAGGUGGUAAGAAGAAGAAGGUUGAAACGGAGGAAGAUCUUUGUAGUUGA